UCUCCUUGACAAAAGCACUUAGAGGGAUUUAAAACUCCUCUUAGUGAGUUCUUCUGCUCCUGAUCUCUCUGUCUCUUCCUGCUUUUCCUCUGUCCGAACCACACCCCUCAAAGACGACAGCAGCCAUGAGUGUGAAACGUACCACCUUCAGCACCAGUGGAGGAAGCUUGAGCGGCGGCUAUGGUGGAGGUAUCAGAAAGAGCUUCUCCAGUAUGUCUGCCAGUGCAGCACCCAUGGGUAGCAGGAUGAGCUCUGUGUCAAUCCAUCGCUCUGGUGGUGGUGGUGGCGGCGGCUUCCAGUAUGGCCAAGGAUCUGGAGGUGGCUUCAGCUACAGCAGCUUUGGUGGAGGUGCUGGCGCAGGUUUUGGAGGAGGUUCUGGUGCAGGGUUUGGAGGAGGUUUUGGAGGAGGUUCUGGUGCAGGUUUUGGAGGAGGUUCUGGUGCAGGUUUUGGCGGAGGAUAUGGUGGAAUGUUUGGCGGAGGUGCUGGUGGUUAUGGAGGGUUCGGUGGUGGCGGUGCAGCACCCAUCACAGCUGUCACAGUCAACCAGAGCCUCUUAGCCCCACUGAACCUGGAGAUUGACCCCAAUAUCCAAGUCGUCCGUACCCAGGAGAAAGAGCAGAUCAAGAACCUUAACAACCGCUUUGCAUCCUUCAUUGACAAGGUGCGCUUCCUGGAGCAGCAGAACAAAGUGCUAGAGACAAAAUGGAGUUUACUGCAGGACCAGACCACCACCCGUUCCAACAUCGACGCCAUGUUUGAGGCCUACAUUGCCAACCUCCGCAGACAGCUUGACGGACUUGGUAAUGAGAAGAUGAAGCUGGACGGAGAGCUGAAGAACAUGCAGAAUUUGGUGGAGGACUUCAAAAACAAAUAUGAGGAUGAAAUCAACAGGCGUGCUGCAGUGGAAAACGAAUUUGUCCUGCUCAAGAAGGAUGUUGAUGCCGCCUACAUGAACAAGGUUGAGCUAGAGGCCAAAGUUGAUGCUCUUCAAGAUGAAAUCAACUUCCUUCGGGCCAUCUAUGAGGAGGAGCUGCGUGAACUCCAGGGACAGAUCAAAGAUACAUCAGUUAUUGUGGAAAUGGACAAUAGUCGCAACUUGGACAUGGACUCCAUUGUUGCAGAAGUCCGUGCUCAGUAUGAGGACAUCGCCAACCGCAGCCGUGCUGAGGCCGAGACGUGGUACAAACAGAAGUUCGAAGAGAUGCAGUCAUCUGCUGGCAAGUACGGUGACGACCUUCGCAGCACCAAGGCUGAGAUUUCAGAUCUCAACCGCAUGAUCAGUCGACUUCAGAAUGAAAUUGAAGCCGUCAAGGGACAACGUGCCAACCUGGAAGCUCAGAUCGCCGAGGCUGAGGAGCGUGGAGAGCUUGCAGUGAAGGAUGCCAAGCUCCGCAUUAAGGACCUGGAGGAGGCCCUUCAGAGAGCCAAGCAGGAUAUGGCACGCCAGGUGCGUGAGUACCAGGAGCUCAUGAACGUUAAACUGGCCUUGGACAUUGAGAUCGCCACCUACAGGAAGCUUUUGGAAGGAGAGGAAUCCAGGAUUGCUGGUGGUGGUAGCUCCGCAACCAUCCACAUCCAGGAGACAGUAAGUUCAUCUGGUGGUAGCAGUGGUGGAUACGGCAUGGGUGGCGGCAUGGGAAUGGGGGGUGGCGGCAUGGGAAUGGGGGGUGGCAUGGGAAUGGGGGGUGGCGGCGGAUUUGGAUACGGUGGUGGUUCAGGAUUCUCUUCUGGAGGAGGCUCCGGCAUGAGCAUGAGUGGUGGUGGUGGUGGCAGCCAAAUGUCAAUGUCCCGCUCCUCCAUGCAAUCCAGCCAGAUGCGCCGCUACUAAGCAAAAAAUGUCCAGCCAUUUCCCUCCACCCCUACAACAUCCAUCACAUGGGCAACAAGCCUUUAUCUCAAUUCUCAAUUCUUUUUCAUUCCAUGUUUCAAUCUGCUUAAGUGCUUGAGCAUUUCCUUAAAUUUUUUAUGCGUUUACCCCCGAAAAACCAAUAUGCCCAAAAGAGACAAUCAACUGGGGGAAUGUUCCAUGCCUGCAGAACGCCUUUCCACAUUCACAGUUUCCUUUGAUACUUGUUCUUUCCUUCUGGCAUCACUACUCCUCUGGCUCCAAACCUAACCUUUAGGAGACAAGGACACACAAGGAGAAAGCAGCUUAUGAGAGAGACUUAGCAAUGAGUUCAAGUAUGCUGUUCACAAUGAAUAGCCUUUGUUGUCAUGGCAUGCAAGUAUUAAGUGCACAAAAAAUGGAUAUAGGUGUUUUGAAAGUGGUUUACUAUUCUGCACCAAUAAAUCCAGCUUUGUUUAUGUUUUCUGAUACAUUUAGAGGAUAAACACCCAUAGGCCAACAAAAGCUACUCAUUUGAGAUGCUACUGCCCUCAGAGAGAAGUAACUGUCUGGCAGACCUCAGUUAUUAUCCAACUUUUACUCUUUUCUUUCCCUGAUUUGGGGAUGAUGGGCUGAACCAAGAGCUGUUUUUUUAUGUCACAAGAUUCUUGUAUUCAUCAAAUCUGAUGGAACACCACACACCAUGUACCACAGUAAAACAGCAAUAAAUCAUGGUUAUAUACAAUAA